ACAGUGCCAGAUAGCAAAAAGGAAAAAGAAGAAAAGGAAAGGUCCCAACAGCCCACUGCAGGAGGGAGAGGGAGCGGCACUGUACCUGCACGUACCACACCAUCACCAACCAGUUUACCUUCCCGGCAUCAGCUGCUAAAACCGGCAAUCAAUCGCGCAUUUUCCUCUGCUUUCCUAGCCAUUUUCCCUCGUCCCCGGCCGUCUUGUUUCUUUUUUCACUCGACCUCCCAAGCGCCAUUAUUUGGUCUGCCUCGUGCCUCCAUAAAUAGCGAGCGCCCUUCGCCUCCCACCACUGCGCGCCUUUCACUCCUCCGCCCUUUCCUGCAGCUGCUGGUGCUGCCGACUGCUUGCGCACUGACAACGUCCGUCCUGUCGCAAGUGCAACGAGCGAGCGGUGAGAAGUCAAGUGAGGAGGAGGGAUGGCGGCAAUGCCGGCGCUGUUCGUGGUGGCCGUGGCGCUGCUGGUCUCCCCCGCCGCCGCCCGCAUCCCCGGCGUGUACACCGGCGGCGGCUGGCAGAGCGCCCACGCCACGUUCUACGGCGGCAGCGACGCCUCCGGCACCAUGGGCGGCGCGUGCGGGUACGGGAACCUGUACAGCCAGGGGUACGGCGUGAACAACGCGGCGCUGAGCACGGCGCUGUUCAACGAGGGGCAGAGCUGCGGCGCGUGCUUCGAGAUCAAGUGCGAGAACCAGCCCGGGUGGCGGUGGUGCCACCCAGGGAGCCCCUCCAUCCUGGUGACGGCCACCAACUUCUGCCCGCCCAACUACGCGCUCCCUUCAGACGACGGCGGCUGGUGCAACCCGCCACGCCCCCACUUCGACCUCGCCAUGCCCAUGUUCCUCCACAUCGCUGAGUACCGCGCCGGCAUCGUCCCCGUCUCCUACCGCCGGGUGCCGUGCCGGAAGUCCGGGGGUGUGCGGUUCACGAUCAACGGGUUCCGGUACUUCAACCUGGUGCUGAUCACGAACGUGGCGGGCGCCGGCGACAUCGUGCGCGCGAGCGUGAAGGGCUCGAGCACCGGGUGGAUGCCCAUGUCGCGCAACUGGGGCCAGAACUGGCAGUCCAACGCCAUCCUCGUCGGCCAGGCGCUCUCCUUCCGCGUCGCCGGCAGCGACCGCCGCGCCUCCACCUCCUGGAACGCCGCCCCGCGCAACUGGCAGUUCGGCCAGACCUUCGAGGGCAAGAACUUCAGGGUCUGACACCGCCGGCGUGUCUCGAUUCAUGCAAGAGAAACAAGUCAAGGUCUUCUUAUACGUAAUUAGUAUAGUCAUUAAGCGUGGUUUAGGUUGGGAAUGUCCGUUUAAGUUCACCUCUUCCCGCCUUAAUUGUUGUCCAAGUCCUCUCUGAACAAGGGACAAAAGGGGAAAGUCUAGAGUUGGUUAGGGUAAAUUAUCUUCGCUAGCAGUACUCUACUCCAUGAGCGUGCUUAUGGCUAAGCAUGUGUGUUUAAGGUUGGUGUCUGUGCUUUGUAAGCCUUGGGUUGGGUUGGGUAGAGAUUUGUGUUGAGAGUGGCUGAAGUGGCUGCCAAGCUGCAGCUUAAAUUGGGGAGCGGUGGGUGUAGCCCGCAGCUGCUUGUUCUUCGUCCCGUGUCAUUUGUCUCCAUGACACGCCGUGUUAUCUCUAUCAUGGACUUGGUUUUAAUUACCAGUAAGGUGAUUGAUCUUGUAAGAA